AUUUUUCAAAACAAAUUUAGUAUCUAUGGCCAAACGCUAGCUAAGCCUUUUAAACCCAACUGCCACUAACGUCUAUGGACAACGAAUAAAGCCAAUAGUACUUCUCUGCAUUGCUACAAAAUACUGCUACAUCAACUGCUGUAACAAACCUGUGAACUUGCAUCCACCAUUAGGGUAGUAAAGCACAUGCUCUCAAAGCUACCCUCAAGCAUUCGGCCUAGUCUGGACCUCCAGUUCCGGCGUGCUCUUGAGCCUCAUGGAGAUAUACGACGUGCCCGUCAGUUGUUCGAUGAAAUUCCCGAACCAGAUAUACGAUCGUGGACGCUCUUGAUCACCACAUACACGAAGAGGGGUUUUCCAGAAGAAGCAUUGAAAGUCUACGACGAAUUGCGGCAAAGGAAAGUUCUUCCUGAUCAGUUAGCACUGUUAUCAGUAACCAAGACUUGUGCUACUUUGGGCAACCUUAUAAAGGCAAAAGGGAUUCAUCAAGAUGUAAUUAGAUAUGGAUAUCACUGUGAUUUGCUCCUUGGAAAUGCAUUGAUUGACAUGUAUGGCAAGUGUAAAUACAUUCAAGGUGCAAAAGAGGUUUUUGAUAAUUUAAGUGCUAAAGAUGUAAUCUCUUGGACGUCGAUGAGUUCAUGCUAUGUUAACUGUAAACUUCCAAGAGAGGCGCUAAGGAUAUUCCGUGAAAUGGGGUUAAAUAGGGUGAGGCCAAAUCCUGUUACAUUGUCUUCUAUACUUCCUGCCUGCUCGGAUUUGAAAAGUUUGAAUUUGGGUAGAGAGAUUCAUGGUUAUAUUAUUAGGAAUGGGAUACACGAUAAUGUGUAUGUUAGCAGUGCUCUUGUGGACAUGUAUGCUAGUUGUUCAAGUAUCAAACAAGCAGAGUCAGUAUUUGAUAGUACGCAUCAGUUUGACUAUGUUUUAUGCAACGUCAUUAUGUCAGCAUAUUUUUCAAAUGGGCAAUGUGACAAAGCACUUCAUGUCUUUGAUCAGUUGAGAAAAAGAGGAACUAAACUGAAUCACGAUUCCUGGAAUUCUGUUAUUGGUGGGUGCAUGCAAAGUGGAAGAACAGACAAGGCGCUUCAAAUACUUCGUGAAAUGCAGCAGUCAGGUGCAAAACCAAAUAAAAUCACAAUCACCAGUGUGUUACCUACUUGUAUAGAUCUAGGAAGCAUAAGAAGAGGUGCAGAGAUUCAUGGUUUUAUCAUUCGCCGUUUAUUUUUGAAAGAUGAGACAGUCUCCACUGCUUUGGUACUCAUGUAUGCUAAAUGUGGUGACCUGGAACUAUCCAAAAGAGUCUUCUAUAUGAUGCCAAAAAAAGAUACUAUUGCUUGGAAUACAAUGAUUAUUGGAAAUUCAAUGCAUGGGAAAGGAGAGGAAGCUUUGAUGCUUUUUCAUCAAAUGGUAAGUUUGGGGGUGAAACCCAACUCUGUUACUUUUACUGGCGUGCUAUCGGGUUGCAGCCAUUCACAGCUGGUAGACGAGGGUCUUUUGAUCUUUUACUCAAUGAGCAAGGAGCAUGGAAUUGAACCUGAUGCAGAACAUUAUUCGUGCAUGGUUGAUGCUCUAAGCCGUGCUGGUCGCCUAGAACAGGCAUAUAAUUUUAUCCAAAACAUGCCCCUGAAACCAACUGCUAGUGCUUGGGGAGCAUUGCUUGGUGCUUCUAGAGUAUACAAGAACGUGGAAUUGGCACGAGCUGCUGGAAAACAACUGUUGGAGAUUGAGCCAGAAAAUGCAGGGAACUAUGUUUUGUUGUCCAACAUCUAUGAAGCAGCCAAACUACGAGAGGAGGCCUCAGAAAUUAGGAAAUUGAUGAGAGAAAGAGGAAUUAUUAAACUUCCUGGUUGUAGUUGGAUUCAAGUGAAAGACAAAGUGCAUACCUUUGUUGUCGGUGACAAGAAUAAUGCUCAGACUGCAGAGAUUUACAGCUUUUUGGCUGAAAUAGGUGAAAAGAUGAAGUUAGCCGGGUAUUUACCCUGUACAGACCUUGUUGGCCAAGAUCUUGAUGCAGAGGAGAAGGAAUACAGUUUGUGCAAUCAUAGCGAGAGGCUUGCUGUUGCCUUUGGGAUUCUUAAUUUGGAUGGUGCAUCGUCAAUUAGGGUGUUCAAAAACUUGAGAAUAUGUGGAGAUUGCCAUAAUGCCAUUAAGUAUUUAGCCAAAAUUGUUGGAGUGCAGAUCAUUGUGAGAGAUCCUCUAAGAUUUCACCAUUUUAAGGAUGGGUUAUGCUCCUGUAGAGAUUUUUGGUGAAAUAACAAAUGCCAUUAAGUAUUAAACUUGAUAAGCUGCAAGUAUAAUAAAUUCUUAAGGGAUACUUGGGGGAUCUAAGCUGAUAAUACUAUAUGAAGAAGAUUCCUUUUGUUCUUCUCCAAGGAAAAUAUAAGUCUAAAGAUGUCAUCCACUGUGACCAUGCUUGCGGUUGCAACUAAUGAUUUAGAAAACUUUGCUAGCACUAGCUUCGUGACAUACACUCAGCACAAAGGUUCUACAGCCUAGUGUUGUAUGCAAAAAUGUAACAAUUCAAUUCUAACCGCCUUUAGUCACCUCAUUGUAUGUCUGAAGGUCGUCUCUUCAGAGUGGCAAAGUCCUAAGCAAGAAGAAGAAAAGGUGCUACUGCCAGGUUUGGUACCUGGGACUAUAAUACGAAUUGUAUAUGUUUGCCGGUCAAUAUUGAUACAAUAAGAUGAUUGUUAUUCAUGGGAACUUAAAUCAAGGAAGAG